AUGGCGGCAACGCCGAGUGGCACUCCUCAAGUCGGUUCCAAGUCGCCGACUAUUCGAAGAAUAAUGCGCGAAGCGGCCGAGAUCUCCAGUUCUCCCUCCCCUGACUACACGGCCGAACCUCUGGAGACUGACAUAUUUGAAUGGCAUUUCACCUUGCGAGGCCCCCCAAAGUCAGUUUACAGCGAGGGCAUCUAUCACGGUCGAAUAGUUCUCCCACCAACAUAUCCGUUGCGACCACCAAGCUUUCGUUUUACUACUCCAAAUGGUCGAUUCGAGGCAAAUCGGGAGAUUUGCCUCAGUAUUAGCGGGCAUCACGAGGAGACAUGGCAGCCAGCCUGGGGCAUUCGAACUGCAAUUGUAGCCCUUCGGAGCUUUAUGGAGACUGAUGCUCGCGGACAACUUGGCGGGUUGGACACCACUGAAGAGGUUCGCCGCCGUCUUGCCCGGGAGUCCAUGUCGUUUAAAUGCUCUACAUGUGCCCGAUCGAAUGGGGAUAUCAUAUCAGAAUGCGAGAAACAAGCCGAAAUAUCAAAUUCCGCGACGAAGACCAAUGUCCAAAUACCAUCGGAAUUGAGCAUGGGUUGGAGAGAUGAGAUGGAGUCUAAAAAUCAAGGCAAAGGGCAUUCACCUGAUCACUCCAUAAUUCCUCAGGAUUCCGAUUCAGAUCUCGCAGAACUUGCAGAAGGUUUUGUCAAGACAGCAUCUACCAACAGGGAACGUUCUGAUCAAGCAGCUUCGUCAACUGUGGGACACACGAUCACAUCGGCUUCAAACGCAGAAAUGCGGAUACGCAGCUCUGUCGGGGCCAGCAGUGGCAGGCCACUGGCUCAGCCCCUGGAACAGCGACAAAGGCAGCUAGACACUGUUGGAACACGAGGUGACGUGGUUCCGUUGUGGAUUGACAGAGCUAUCGUCGCUUUAGUAAUUGUUCUAGCUGCACUUGUUCUCAAGGUACUAUUUGGCAUCUGA